AUGAAUACAAUAAUGAAAGGUUUCAUUCUAUUAAAUUUAUUUCUAAUUUAUUCUCGAUAUUGUCGUACUGUCCAUUUGGUGAUAUUUAUUCCAGAAGAACAAUCGUAUUUGAAUCUAGCGGCAGAAUUAGCAAUUGACAGACAUAAUUUGUUGCAAGACAAUAUGUCAGAUAACUAUGUAACUGUAAAUUUUCAUAAAAUUAACCACAGAGAUCCACGUUCAUGGAGUAAUUCUAUCAAAAAUGUUUGCUUAAAUAUUCAAAAUGAUACGACAGAACAUCCAGAUCUUUUAAUCGAUCUUACACCACCAUCGCAAGCUAGUUGUGGCAUUCAGAAAUUAGCUCAACAAAUUGAUUCCGGAAUUAUAACGCUUAAUUAUUAUGACUGCCCGCCGUUAUACAUUAAUCAAACUCUCCUUAAUAAAUCAAAUCUCAUCACAGAAUUGAAUAUACCUUCAGUAAACUUCCCUCCUGAAGCAGUGGCAUCUGCAUUAUCUGUUUUUGGAAAUACAAUCGCUGGUUCUCUUCGAACAGAGACUAUAAUUAGAGGAAGCGAUGAGAGUGGUUCUCAAAUCACAAUUUCAGACUAUCGUGACUAUCCGUCUGUGAGACGAUUCUAUCUUACUUUGCCGUCACAACUGAAUGAAUCACAAUUAGCACAGUCCCUAGAAGAAAUAAAAAACGUGGUUAUGAAUAAAUUAUGGCUAUUAUUAGUUGAUUCGCAAACAGUGUGGAAUAUACUUACAACUGUAGCUAAAUUCCAGCAAACCGAUGUACAAAAUUGGAUAAUAUAUGAAGAGCAUGUUAAUUGUAAUUUCUUAUGUAUGGGAUCGGACGUAACUGGAAAACGAAACUGUUUAACAUACAGCAAUUUAAAUAAACUUUAUUGCCUGAAGAUCGGCACAUCCGGUGCAGAUAAAAACGAAUUGGAAAUGAUACAAAACUAUUACGGAAUAAUUUGGAAUAAUGAAUCUUUUAAACAAUUUGUUGCAUUGAGUGCAUAUGAGACCGUUAAAUCUGGUUUAUUGGCACUGAAUUCCUUACUAGUCGAUAAUCAAUGGCCAGAAAGCAUAAAAUCAACAAACUCAUCAAGAAAAAUUUGUGAUUCAUCGGUGCCCACUAUCGAUUCCACAAUGAGGUUUUAUCGUUAUUUAGAAGCCAUAACCAGGCUUCCUAAACGAAAUGGUACUACUGGAAUAAUUGAUUUUAACAAAACAGUAACCAAUCAAUAUGCUAUCUUUCAUUUACAACAAUGUUUUGGAAAAUCGAACUCAUCGGAAGCAAUGUGCUAUGAUGUUAAUUCAACUUUUAUUUAUCCACAGAAUAAAGUCACCUAUAAUCAGAGCAUGCUUGAAUCAGACAGGCGCCAGAAAAUACAUGUUAGUGUCAUACAUGACCCACCGUAUGCAGUACGUUUAGGUCGGAAUAAAUGGACAGGAUACUGUGUAGAGGUGUUUGAGGAAAUCGCUAGACGACUAAAUAUUGAUUACGAAUUCGUAGAACAAACUGAUGGUGAUUAUGGCACCAGACUUGAGAACGGUCGUUGGUCAGGGAUGAUUGGACAGGUUUCUAGAAAAAAUACUGACAUUGGCUUGGGGCCAUUGAUUCAGGAUGCAGAAAAAUCUUUGAUUGUUGAUUUUACAGUACCUUAUUACGAAUCUGUUGGCAUCACAAUGGUCAGUAAAAUAAAUGAAGAUCUUAAACUUGGUGCGUUGUUUUUCCUUGAUGUAUUCACGUGGGAUGUGUGGGUAACAGCUGUCGUAGCUGUAUUUAUUAUCGGUUUUCUGCUGGCAUUCAUUGACAAAUAUUCACCGUAUAGUUAUCAAAAUCAACCUAAAAAAGGUGAUAGUGAAUCUAUGGGCACAGUAUUUACUGUAAAAGAAUCUCUCUGGUAUGUAUUAGGUUCCUGCACUCAACAAGGUGAAUACAUGGAUCCUCGUUCAGCUUCAACACGCAUCUUAGUAGCCGGUCUCUGGCUGUUAGUUCUUAUUAUAAUCGCAAUGUUUUCGGCUAAUUUAGCGGCGAAAUUAACCGUCACCGGUUUACAAAAGGAAAUUAAUACAUUCAAGAAACUAAUUGAACAAAAAGAAGUCAAAUAUACAGUUCGAAGCAACUCAUCAGAAUUGAAGUUCUUUGAGAAGUUGAAAAGUGCUGAAGAAUCAAUUUUUGAAAUAUGGAAACAAAAAGUUGUUUAUAACAAUGAAUUCACAGCAAAUUAUACAGUUUGGCAAUAUCCAGUCACUGAGAAAUAUGGAAUAAUUUACAGUAGAAUGCGUGAAUGGGGCUUUUCAAAUAGCCAUGAAGAAACGAUUAAACUUAUCAACGACGGUUGGGUAAUAUUUAUGGAAACUCCAAGGGCUGCUUAUUACAUAGCCAACGAAUGCAAACUGAAACGAUUCGAUAACCGUAUAGGAAGUUGGUAUUAUAGUAUGAUAUUAAUACCGCGUUCUCCGUUAACUUCUGCUUUUAAUGAAAUAAUUUAUUCUCUAGAAGCAGAUUAUACACUGGACACGCUGAGAGCUAAGUGGUGGGCUAGUAAUACAAGUCGCUGUGGAACAUUGUCUGUUGAUGAAGGAUAUGAUUUUGAAGAAGUUGGUGGUAUGUUCUCAUUACUUGGAUGUGGACUUUUAAUUGGCGUUGUAUUGCUAAUCUCAGAAAUUGUUACCUUUCAUAUACUAUUGAAGAAGCAACAGACACAGGUCGCAAAUGAACCUCAAAGACUACCACCGCAACCUGUAACAAACAGUGCACCAGAAACAAUACAAGAAGAAGAAGAAAGUACAAAUAAUUUAUCUACGAGAAAUCCAGUUGCAUCAAAUUUAAUAACAAUUACUACAACCGAUUAUAGUGAUCCUAAUCAAGAAGCUAUAUCCUUGAAUGAAUAA